CCAUCGCCAUCAUCGCUACCUACCAUCAUUUGCUGUUGCUGUCGCCCCCGCCCUUCAAAGUACUUAUCUAACUCCUUAUUGUACUUUCCAUCCGUCAUCAAAAUCACUACCUGAGGCCAGGUUUUCGGGAUAAGUCGUCUAGAACAAGCAAGGGAUGAGCUACGGCAAGGGCCGUGUCAUAAAGCAAGAGCCGUUCAAGGCAACGGGUCGAACAACGUUGAGUGAUGCAUACUGUCGAACUGGCAGCUACUGCACGUCUAACAUUUACACAUACCUCAACGGGCACCGGGAAAUAUUCGCCUCCGAGCCAAAUCGCUGAAUAAUUUCCAUCCUUCCUGCCUGCAUCAGCUCAGCCGUCGCACCUUCUUCGAGAUGUCGUUCACCAAAUGGUUCAAAGGAAGCGGAAGUGGAACGAACGACAAGGACGGCCCGAGUCUCAAAAACAGUCAUCAGAAAAAGAAGAGAAGCGAAGACGAAGACCACUGCACUCAAGACGACAUGGAAGGUUACGUCUAUGACAACAACUACCACUACCAGCCCGCCCCUGGACUCCAACCUCAAGGAUAUGGAUAUUCGCAACGGAUGGCGGCAAAGCCUAGGAAGCCGAGACUGGCGGCACAGGAGGGACACUUCGAUGCCGAGGAACUGACGCGUCGACUUCUCGAUGUGCUAGCCGAGCAAAAGACACACGAAAUCAAGAAGCAAAGGAUGAGAGAAGCUAGGACCGUAGCGGCAGCAACAGAUCCAGCUACUCAAUGGCAGCAACGGCAAGAAGCAGCGAUAUCUGCUUUGAACAGGGCCCCGACUGCAGCCGGCCGGACAACAGGUUUGAGAAAACCAAGCAAGUCGUACACCGACAACGAUUCCGAAGCCGCCCCGGAAGAACAAGAGCAUCGCCAUGUACCUGAGGACGCAGCCAGAGCAUUCAAAAAAACCGAUACCAACAAAGCCAUCUGCCGCCAAGACAAGCUCGACAAGCAAGCCCACGGCGAACACCGCCGUCAAAUUAGUGAACAUAUUGUUGAGGUCCCCAUGGAAGAGCGCAUAAGGGCCCUGCCGUACCAGACUCAGCCCCGAUUAACCCUGGCAGACGAGAAGCGCCUCAAGCGAGAACAGAUACUCAAUGAGGCAUCACCAGCGGGCCACAAAGCUCAUGGACAAACUGUUGUUGAAAGGGUCAAGAGACGGCAUGAUCUCAACCUGGAAGGGGCACUUUCGAGGAUCUCGGUGGCCUGCGCGUCUGAAACCAACAUUGGUGGACUCGACCAUUCCAGGGCAGCAUCAAAACCAGCACCAGCACCAAUAUCAGCAACGGCUGGCAAGCAGCAACCGGGGGAACGUAGCAAGGAGCCCGAAUCUGUAAUCUUCCCUCGUCCACUGGCCACUCGCACCAUGACCACAACGCAAGACCAGGCCACCUCCCGGCAAGGACACCAGCCAGCAGCACCCUCAGCAGCAGCACCACAAACAGCACCAGAGAAGAACACCAAUUCGGUAGAAACGACCCUCUGUAGCGAAAACGACGACUUAUCAGCUCUCCCCUCACCCACGACAACCCAGUCUCAAAGCCAAAGCCUAAGCAAGCGAUUUCGAGCCUCCCCCUUCGUCAAAAAGUCCCCAUCUCUCUUGAACCUGCGCCAAAAGCUCGGCAUGACCGGAGGCUCUGGCUUCGGCUCCGGUUCGGGCUCCGGCUCCUCCGGCUCUCCCGGUUCUCCAGUAACCGGCAACAGUAGCGGCAGUGGCAGUGAGCUGUCUACAGCCACCACUGGGAUUUCGAGAGGAGAGGAAGCUGCAACGUCACCACUUACUGCGGCGUCUUCUUGUCGUGCUGGUGCCGGGGCGGAUAACCAGCCGCAGACGCAGACGCAGACGCAGCAGGGGUGGGGGUUGCUGAAGAAGACGGCGACGGUGAUAAGUCAGGAGAAGGAAAAGACGAGGAUGAAAAGUAAAAAGAGUGGGUUCUUUGCUAAGCUUGGGGGUAGUGUGAAGAAGGGAAUGUUUUGA